CUUUUCUUCAUUCCUUUCCCUAUUUUUUUAUGUAAAUUUUUCUAAUCGAUCUAAUUUUUAUUUUUUUUUAAAAAAAAAUAUAUAUAUAUAUUUUUUUUUCUACAAAUUUAUUAUUGGUUGGGAAGUUAACUCAACAUCCAACGAGUUAAAUAAACAUAAUAAUUAAUCAUGUUUAUGAAAUCAAGUAAUUUAGCACCUGAAUUACUUGGACAAAUUUUCUCUCAUUUGGAAUAUGAUCUUAAUACUUUAUAUUCUUGUUUAUUGGUCUCAAGGAUUUGGUGUAAAUCUACAGUACCUCUACUUUAUAAACAACCUUUUCAUUUAUGUCCAACAUACAAUCACAAAAAACUUAUAAAUCUUUAUCUUCCAUGGCUUUCAAAAGAGUCAUUGACUCUUCUUGGGUUACAUAAAAAGAUUAUAGAAAGGAAAUCAAUCUUUAAAUAUCCUUAUUAUAUACGACAUCUCAAUUUCUUUGAAGUUUAUGAGGCUUCAUGGACUUUGUGGCAUGAUGAAUAUUCGAAUAAUAAUGAUGAUCUUGAAGAUAAUUUUAAUAAAUUUAAAUUGAAUCUUUUGAAUCGUUCAAAUGAAGAUCAAAAUUUGGAUAAAGAAGAAGAAAUACUCGUUUCAUUAUGUGAUUAUGAUGAUGAUGAUGAUAGCGAAGAUGAUUAUGAAGAUCAUGAUACAAUUUAUGAUGAAACAGCUGAUGAAUCUUAUCCAUCUCAUUAUAUUCUUAAUAAACGUAUAAUUGCAAUGACUCAUGAAUUAUUCAAACUCUUUAUGGAAAAUUGUCCUUAUAUUGAUGGUUUAAAUCUUUCAACAAUUGAUUUGGAAUUUUAUCAUGGAUUAUAUUUUAAAGAAUACCUUUCACUUCCACUUCUACCAAGCGCUUUCAAAUGUUUAUCAAGGUUACAAAAAUUUGUUUGUGGUGGAAAUUUUUAUAAAAAAUCAAUUAUUAAUUCAAUGAUUAAAUAUUGUCAUAAUCUUAAUGAAAUUGAAAUAAUUUUUAAUCCUGAUUAUGAUGAAUCAACUGAUUGGGCACCUUUAAUUCAAGCUCAAAAAAAACUUGAAAAUCUUACAUUUUCUUUGGUUGAUUAUGGAAUUGCGGAAAUUUUUAAAUCUUUAGAAAUUCAUUUUGAUACAUUAACUAGUUUGGAAUUUAAUUCAUGUAGUUUUAAUGAUUGUUGUCCUUUUAAGGCUCUUUAUGAUUUUACAAAUUUAAAAUCAUUAAUUUUCUUAUAUUGUGGUGAUCUCACUUAUGAUGAUGAGAAUGAAAUUAUUUCAGGUCAUAAUAGAUUAUUUUAUACUUAUCCAUUUCCAACUUUAAAGAAAUUACAAUUUGAUUAUAGUUAUCCUAAUGAAACUCAAUUAUUAAGAAUGAUAAGUGGUGAAGAUACUGAAUCUUUAUAUUGUAACCUUGAAGAAAUAAUUUUAAAUUUUGAAAAUUCGAUUCAUCCUGAUGUAAUAGAAUGUAUUGCAGAAGAUUGUAUAAAUCUCAAGAGAAUUGAUUUAACUGAGAAUGGAAAUGAUAAUUCACAUUUCGAGAGUUUAUUUCCAAUAUUCAAAAAUUGUAAUAAAUUACAAUCUUUACAUGUAAGAAGAGGUUAUCGUAUAGCAAGUAUAAGAGAUAAAAGACCGGAUCCUGGUGUAAUAUUGGAAAAGAUUGCAGAGAUAAUGCCAUUUUCAAUGAAAGAAUUAUCUAUUGUUGUAGAAUGUGCAUUUACAACUUAUGAUGUUGGAAUUUUUCUAAAAAAAUGUUUAAUUAAUUUGAAAUAUUUAUCUUUGAGAUGUAUUGGAUCAAAGAAUGAAAUUAAAAAGGUAUUAAAAGAAUAUGCUUUUAGAAAUAAUGUUAAAAUUAUUGAAUGUAAUUUUAAUAAAGUGGGUAUGAGGAAUGAUAUGAGAAUUAGUUCUAUAGAAAAGGUCUUUGAUUUUAUUGUAAGAUUUGCUUAAGUCUUUGGUAUACAUAGUGGGAACAGGGAACCCAUUGGUGGGAACACGUUGUAGGAACACAUGAUGUGAAUAGG